AUGGCUGGAGUCCGACAUUGGGAGCAAGACAAAGAGGCCACCGUAUACAUCGGGAACCUGGACGAGCGUAUCACGGAUAGCCUAGUCUGGGAAUUGAUGCUCCAAGCCGGCCGCAUUGUCAACGUUCAUCUCCCCAAAGACCGCGUCACCCAGACCCAUCAGGGCUAUGGGUUCGUCGAAUUCAUCAGCGAGGAGGACGCCGAAUAUGCUGCUCGAAUUAUGAACCAGGUCCGCCUCUACGGGAAGCCCAUCCGCGUAAACAAGGCGUCCGCGGACAAGCAGAAGACGGUCGAGGUUGGUGCGGAGUUGUUUGUGGGCAAUCUUGACCCAAUGGUUACAGAACAGGUGUUGUAUGAUACGUUCAGUCGUUUUGGGAGUCUUAUAUCUGCUCCAAAGAUUGCACGAGAUGAUGCGAACCUUUCUAAGGGUUACGGUUUCGUCUCCUUCUCCAACUUCGAAGCCUCGGAUGACGCCAUCGCAAAUAUGAAUGGCCAAUACCUCAUGAACAAAGAAGUCUCCGUCCAAUACGCGUACAAAAAGGAUGGUAAGGGUGAACGACAUGGCGACCAGGCCGAACGCAUGCUCGCUGCCCAAGCUCGAAAACACAACGUGCAGCCCCAAGCGCAGCCCUUGCCUCCGCAACUUGUCGGAGGCGGGCCAGGCGUGCAUCCGCAUCAAAUGCCCCAACCGCCAAUGGUUGAGGGCGAGGGCACUAAUGCGGUCGCCGCUGCUCGAGGAAUAAACCCUGUUGCCGCUGCUGGUGGUCCACCAGAUUUUGGCGGUGGGCGGGGAAUCCCCAUUGGCAACGGCGGCGGCUACCAUCACAAUCAGCAAAUGCCACCAGCGCAACACCAACACCAACAUCCCCAUCCCCAUCCUCACCCACCCCAACAUUCACUCCAACACCACCGACCACUGCCACAUGCGCAUCAUCCACCUCCACCCCUUUCCGCUCCCCCUCCAGGGCUGCCUGCCAGGCCUCCUCCAUCUCAAGCGGGAUAUGGCGGUCCCCCACCGCAGGGAUUCGUUCCCCCUCCCCGCUUCGGUCAGCAGCCGCCACCAGCCAGCUUUGGCCCAACCCCGACUGCAGCAGGUCCGCCUGGUGCUACACCUCCCCCGCUUCCUCUUGGGUUUCAGCAGCCGGGGUAUGGAAGGGGUCGGUGA